AUGGACUCCAUAACAGCAGAGGAGUAUCUUGCCAGCCAGCUCCAAUUGGAGAAAGAGGCCCGUGAGCUUAUGCCGUACGACCCCAAGGUGUGCACGUAUGUUCUGGGCCCAAUCAGACAGCAGGUGUAUGCGUGUUUGACGUGUAUGCGCCAGAAUGGCCACCCGGUGGGGGUUUGUUACGCGUGCUCGAUCCAGUGCCACACGUCGCACGAUCUGGUGGAACUGUUUGCCAAGAGGUCGUUCACGUGCGACUGCGGUACCAGCCGUACACAGAAACACGGUGGGUGUUUGCUGCGAUCGGGCAACAAGAAGUUGUCUGUGGAUAAGCAAAAGCUACCAAUUGACAUCCCCUCGAGCACCAACGCGUACAACCACAACUACAGCGGGACUUUCUGUGAGUGUACGACGAAGUACGACCCUACAGACGAUAGCAACAUGUUCCAGUGCGCGUUUGGCGACGCCUGUGGCGAGGACUGGUUCCACGAGGAGUGUAUCAUGGGCAUGCGGCCCGGCGACGUAAAUCGGCGUCAGAUCAAACAGGAGGGCGAAAACAAGCUCGAUUCGUUGUCGGAACCCGGCCUGGACGCGGCAGAAGACCAGAAGGACAAAGAAGUGCCGGAGAUCCUGCCGUUACCAGGAUUCCCCGACCUGAACGAGUUCGAAACAAUCAUCUGCUGGAAAUGCGUUGCGAAGUACAAGCCGGAGAUGAAACUGCUAGCAAGCGAACUCGGCUGCAGCACAAUACACACAAGACCGAAAAUAGACACAGACACUAACAAACGGGUCAAGACCGACCCGUCGUUCACGAUUUUCUUGAAAGAGGACUACAAAGAGAAGCUGCAGCAGCUGAUCACUUUAAACAAACCAGAAACCAAACCUCUUGUGGAGCUGCUGAAAAUCCACACAUAUUUGUACUUGGAAGACUCUGUUUACAAGCCGCCGGAGGACUCUGACGAGGACUCGUCAAUAUUCGAGCUGGGACUGCGCAACCUGGGCCAAUUGCCUGUGGAGAGCGCAAUUUCGAGUGUGCACGCGUACGAGAAGGUCAAGACGAAGUUGACAGAGUUCCUGAAGCCGUUUGCGGAGCAGAAUAAGGUCGUCACCGAGGACGAGAUCCGCGCGUUCUUUAAUAGAAUGGACUAG